CGCGCCGUGCAGCGCUCGGCACCCCCGGGGCCUGUGUGGGUGCGGGUGUUUGCUGUGGUGCCAGUGGCGGUUUUCCCUGCUCCCUGUGCCGAAGUAGGUGAAUGCUGGAGGAUUUUACGUUUCUGGACUUGCGGUUGGGCGUCGGUCCUCAAAGCUGAGGGGCUGACCUCCCCCAGCUGAGAAGCGGUGCCCCAGCAGCCCAGCCGCUCCUGCGUGUGUUUCUGCAUCAGCGUGCGUGCGGAGGGAGGGCAGGGGCCACCCUGGUCUCUGGGACCUGCGGCUGCGUAUGGCUGUGUUUCCUUCCUAGCCAGUGUAGUCUGGGGGGACUCCGGGGCUCCUGGUUCCAUCACUUGCUAGUUGUGUGACUUUGGGAGAGGUCACUGAAAUUGCUGCCUCUCGGUUUCACCUGCAAGACGGGGAUAAUAGUGCUACCGGUCUUAGGUUUGUGGUGAACGUUAAGUGAAACAGUGCCUGACGCAAGUAAGUGAUGUAUAAAUGAUAAUUGCUCUAUUAUUAACCUAAUAACCCCAAGGAUUCCACACCCAGAUAAUAAAAUCCACAGAAAAAAAAAAGCAAAAGGUGGGGCCCCAAAGGAAAAGUUUCAGGUCAACAGAUAAAAUAACUCUGAAAUCCAGGUUGAGCUUAGAUUUAGAAUUUUCUAGUCAGGGUCCUAGGAGGGCAGGAGCAUGAGCCCCACACCUUGCUAGUCAACGUGGACUCUGCUUCAGCUCAUGUGGAGCUUGCAUUUACUAGAGAGAUGAAAUUAAAUUGAUAACAGGUGGCAAUAAGUAUUUUGAAAAAUAAAGCAGGGUGAAGGGAUUACAGGGUGACAGUGGGUGCUGUUUUCAGAAUCAACACCCAGGCUUCCCGUGGGCGUCUCAGUCAGCUCCAAAGCCAGAAAUGGCCGCCGUCAAUGACUCCUUGGACUCCUUUGAUCAGGGAAUGUGAGAGUUUGGCUUUGAGCUUAUCAGAGACUUUUCUCCUCCCCAGCACUGAGGUCUGGGCUACAGCAGGGAGAGGUCAGAGCUCCAGCCAGAGACUGGGGCAGUAGUUCUAAACUAUGGUUUUGCAUUACCAUCACCUUGGAAACCUUAAAAGAUAAAAAUAAAACAUGCCUGGGCUCAGUCUUCAGCGAUUCUGACUUAAUUGUUCUGGCAUGGAGCCCAGUCAUCAGCAUUUAUUAAAAAGUUCCCAAGAGAUUCCGGUGUACAAACAGGGUGAGAGUUUGUGGGUUCCUCUGGGGCUUCUAGGAAUGAAAGAAAUUAAUUUGAUGGAGAGGAGAGGGGAGGAGGGUACCAGUGACUGGUGCUUUCAAUAUCUUAUCAAAGGUAGUCCCAGCAGCUUGGCUUCUCUGCAUUAGAGGCAUUCCUAGCCCCAUCCUGCAAGUAAGGAAAUCAAAUCUGUCCCCAUGCACAGCAGAGAAAUGGCAAGGGUGACAUUCACAUGCAAAUCCUGUGUUUUCUGUUACAGCUAGGUGUUUGGAGAAAGUACCUUCCUAUAUCUCUGGCUUCUGGGGCUGGCAGGUUCAGGGUAGGAGUGAUCUUAAACUACUAGACAAGUGUACAGCAAAAAGAAAUUCUGGCUGAACAGAAGCAGUGAGCUUGGGUGGGUGUGUAAUGGCUGGCUUUCAGGGAUGUCCGGACCCACACCCAGCUCAACACCCAGCACAGUCCCACCGUAUUGCAGGGAUGUGCCGUGAGGGGAGGCAUGGCCACUGUCCAGUUACUCUUUGAAGCUUGUUCUCAUCCACAGUCUAGCCAUUGUCACCUUAGGAGCAAGGAUUUAGCUUUGUGCUAAAUUGCAAAGCCCUCUCCCAACUGAUGGUCUGGGACUCGUAAGACAGGCCAGGUUUACAUCCCUGCCCUGAGGCGGUGUGGGAUCCAGCCUCUUUGUUUUAUUUGUGUUGUUGUUGUUUUGAGGAGGUAAUUAUACAUGCACGAUACAGAAUGCCAAAGCAUAGAUAGGGAAGAGUGAGUUUUGAGUUUCCUUUCCCAAGCGUAGUGACCUAGUUCCCUUCCUCAGGGACAACCACUGCUACCAAUUUCUUUUGUUUCUCUUUGAGAACUUCUGUGUGCCUUUUCAAACUCAUGAAUUCAUAUUGUGUGUUCUGUUUUUUCUAAGCAUUUUCUCUAUACCUUUUUUUCCCUUAUUACACUCUGUCUUGCAGAUCAUUUCACACAGUACAUGUAGAGCAGAUUUGUCCGCCUCAGCACAGUUGACAUUUUGGGCCAAAUCAUUCUUUGCUCUGAGUGCUGUCCUGUGCAUUGUAGGAUGUUUAAAGCAUCCCUGGUCUCCACGCAGGAGCGCCAGCUUCUCCCCCGCCUGUGCCAAGCUGGGACAACCACAAAUGUUGCCAGACAUUGCACGUGUCCCGUGAGGGCAUAACUGCCCCCAGCAAAGAACCACUGGUGUAUUGCUGCCUUGUUCCUUUUAAGGGCUACAUGGUGUCUUGUAUGUGCAUGUCAUAGUCACUCAGCCGCUUUCCUAUUGAUAAGCAGCUGUUUCCAGUCUCUUGGUGGGAAUAAUAAUGAUAAUUUUAAAAACUGACGUUUGUAGGGCACUGGCACUGCUCUAAGUGUGUUGCAUGUUUUCAUCUAUUUAAUCUAUUUAACUUUCACAGCAGCCCUGUGGCUGGUUGCAGAAGCUGACAGUUGAAGAAGCUGAGACCCAGGGAGGACAGGGAGCGGGUCUGCGGUCACACAGGUAGGGGCUGGCAGAGGUGGAAGCUGAACGCAGACAGCCUGACUGCAAAUGGACACACUUCAUGGAAGGGCUGUGCUGCCUCUUCCUACAGACCCUGUCAUUUUACACACAUGCAGGGACAUCUGAAGACAAAUACUAGAAAUCAGGUUGCUGGGUUAAAGGCUCUGUGCACCUUCAGUCUUAGAGAUACUGCCAAAUUGCCAGUUUCUCCAACUAGCACUGUGUGAGAAUUCUUACUGCAGCCCUCUUAGGGGGUGUCAGGCUUCCCUGGCGAUGCUUGGUGUAUACGGACUUUAAAAGGAAAAGAAAGGCAAGAAAUAACCAUGUGCCCAUUGCUGAAGGUGUCUCGUGUAAACUUAACAGCCAAGGGUGAGGUAGGUUUUGUUUACCCCAUUGUACAGAUGAACAAACUGAGGCUUUGUGUAGCUCUCCCACAGCCAGUAAUUGGUGGAGGCAAGCUUUGAAUCCAGAAAUAUCUAAUAUCAAACUGCUCUUCUUUUCUCCCCAGCUGUGCUGAGUUCCUUGUAGAGAAGUAUUUUGUGGACAGGAAUCGUGCUUCUUCAGUUUGGGGUGUGUGACUGAGCACAAACAGCUAUGAGAAAACCCAGGCCGGACACGGUGCCGGUUCCUGGAGCAGUCCGUUUUACUUGAGGACUCAGAAGAGCCAAGCGAUGUACUUGUCUGGAGCGGAGAACGUUGGCUUUGGCCCCUCCCUGAUCCUGAGAAGGGCAGGAAUGCUUCAGAUGUUCUGGCCUUCCAUGUGUGUGUGUGUGUGUGACCGGGUCUGGGGCCUAGGGAGUCUUAUCCUAGAGACUCUGGGACCACCCACAAGGCCCAGUCAGCCUCAUGACUUCUCUCCCAGCCCCACCAUCUCAGCACUCCACUCCUCUGCAGAAGGAAAGGAUGCCUGCUGCACGCGGGAAACCCAAGUCCAAGGCACCAGUGACAUUUGGGGAUUUGGCCAUCUACUUCUCCCAGGAGGAGUGGGAGUGGCUGAGCCCCAUUCAGAAGGAUCUGUACGAAGAUGUCAUGUUGGAAAACUACCAGAACCUGGUUUCUCUCGGACUUUCCUUUCGGAGGCCAAAUGUGAUUGCCUUACUGGAGAAAGGGAAAGCGCCCUGGAUGGUGGAGCCAGUGAAAAGACGCCGGGGCUUGGACUCAGGGUCUAAAUGUGAGACCAAGAAGUUACCUCCAAGUCAAAGCAACAAAUCUGGGCAAAGCAUCUAUCAGAAACCAGUUUCUGCACCACAGAAAGUUCCCACAGGAAAGAGAGGCUGCAAGAAAAAUUCAGUCCUAAUAAAACCCAAGAAAGUGCAUUCAGGAAAGAAAGCUUUAAAAUGUAAUGACUGUGGGAAAUCCUUCAGUCAGAGCUUCUCUCUUCAGCUUCAUCAGAACUCUCAUGCUGGAGAGAAGCCUUAUGAGUGCAGUAGUUGUAGAAAAGCAUUCAGGCAGAUCUCAUCCCUCAUUCUUCACCAGAAGAUUCACGUUGGAAGGAAAAGCUAUGAAUGUGGCAGAUGUGGGGAAAGCUUCGCUCAGAGAGCAACGCUUAGUCUACAUGGAAAAACCCAUGAUGAAAAGGAAAUCUUUGACUGUGGGAAAACCUCGAGUCAGUGUCCACCUAUCAGUAUACGUCAGAAAAGUCACUUUGCUGAAAAUGUCCACCAGUGUGGAAAAUGUGGGAAAGCCUUCAUUCGAAUGUCAUCUUUUUUACUUCAUAAGAAGAUUCAUAAUGGAAGGAAAAUACAUAAAUGUAGUAAGUGUGGGAGAGGGUUCAAUAAGAAAUCAGUCCUUGUUAUGCAUAAAAGAAUUCAUACUGGAGAGAAAACUCAUGAAAGUGAGAACGCCUUAAGUCAGAGUCUACAGCAGAGAAGCCACCAUUUAGAGAAUCCUUAUAAAUGCAGAAAAUGCGGCAAAUCUUUUAAUAGGAUUUCAUCCAUCAUGCUCCAUCAGAGAAUUCACGCUUCAGAGAAACCCUACAGAUGUGAUAAAUGUGAGGAGGUCUUCAGGCGGCUUUCAACCCUUAUUCUACAUCUCAGAAUUCACAGUAGAGAGAAGCUGUACAGAUGCAAUAAAUGUGAGAAGGUCUGCAAUCGGCAUUCCUCCCUUGUUCAACACCAGAAAGUUCAUGCAAAGAAAAAGAAACUGUUUGAAUGUAAGGAAUGUGGGAAGAUGUUUUCUGGAACUGCCAACCUUAAAAUACAUCAGAACAUUCAUUCUGAAGAGAAACCUUUCAAAUGCAAUAAAUGCAGUAAAGUUUUUGGCCGCCAGUCAUUUCUUAUUGAACAUCAGAGAAUUCAUACUGGAGAAAAACCCUAUCAGUGUGAGGAAUGUGGGAAAGCCUUCAGUCAUCGAAUCUCUCUUACUCGACAUAAGAGAAUUCAUACUGAAGAUAGACCCUAUGAAUGUGAUCAGUGUGGGAAGGCCUUCAGUCAGAGUGCACACCUUGCCCAACAUGAAAGAAUUCACACUGGAGAGAAACCAUAUACAUGCAAAACGUGUGGGAAGGCCUUUAGUCAACGCACAUCCCUUAUUCUCCAUGAAAGAAGUCAUACUGGAGAGAAACCCUAUGAGUGUAACGAAUGUGGGAAGGCAUUUAGCAGUGGCUCAGAUCUCAUUCGGCAUCAGAGAAGUCAUUCUUCAGAGAAGCCCUAUGAAUGCAGUAAAUGUGGGAAGGCAUACAGUCGGAGCUCAUCCCUCAUUCGGCAUCAGAAUACACAUUCCGAAGAAAAAGCUUAAGAUUGUUUUCAAUGUGUAAAAGCAAAGAGGGAGGCUAGCAAAGUAGCGGAGAGAGAGGCAUGGGGGGAAAGGCAUUUGUCUGUACAUAAAUUGAAUAAAAACUGGACAGUUUGAUGACAUGUCCCCCUUUGGAAGCCAAAGAGCAAAAGUCAUUGGUGACUUUUGACCUGAUGACUUGAAAUCAACUGAGGCAGUGGCUUUAUCCUAAUUUCAACAUAGCAAGCUUAGUUGAUUGGAUCAGCCAUUUUUAAUGAAGAGCAUUCUUCAUUUGAUAAAAGUUACUGAUAACUUUAUUUCCAAUAUAAUUUUAUUUCAUUGGUCACAUACGACAAAGUGAAUUAUAAAUCCAUUUUUCUGGAUGGGACUUUGAACCUGAUUUAAGGUCACAUGAAUAGUUUUGAGUUUGUUCCUUAGAACUAGAAGUAUCACGGAAGGGAUUUCCUCGCAAACUGGAGUGCCAUUUUCAGCUGACAGAAAUUCGUGGGUGAGAAUAAAGAAGACUUGGGGAAAGAUAACACAUAAUUGUGUGGAACAACAGGGUCAUUACCAUACUGCCUCCAUGGAUAUGAAGAUACAUAAUCUUCAUGGUGUGAAAAAUAUAAUAAGCCUGAGAUAAGCUGAUGGGGAAAAAACCCAGCAUGAACUGAAGAAUGAAGAACUUCAGAGCAGGGAGAAAUUACUGUUUUAUUUGAAAAUAAAUUUGUCUAUAUUUAUAUGAAUAAACAUUGGUAUUUUCAUGUAAGAACACUGGUGUGCAGUAAGUGAUUGGUGGAGAUGUCAUGGACUAAAUGUGUUGUCCCAAAAUCGAUAUGUUAAAACCCUAACCCUCAAUGUGAUGGCUUCUGGAAUUGAGGCCCCUGGGAGAUAAUUUGGGAUAGAUGAGGUUAUGAGGGUGGGGCUCUCAUGAUAGGAUCCGUGUCUUUAAAAGAAGGGACACCAGAGAGAUUGCACUCUCUCUCGUUCCUCUGCCAUGUAAGGACGCAGCAAGAAGGUGGCUGUCUGCAAGGCAAGAAACUAGCCCUCACCAGUACCCAACCUUGUUGCAGCCUGAUUUCAGACCUUCAGCCUCAGAACUGUGAGAGAUGAAUUUCUUUGAGUCACUCAGUCUGUGGUAAUCUGUUGUGGCAGCCCAAGCUGACUAAUACAUGGGAAAACCCUGCAUUUGUGUGCCAGGCUCUUUUUUUGUCAGCUGUUCACCGUGUUAUGUAAUCGCUUUCAGCCUUUCUCCCACUUGUGCAAAACGUGUAAGAAAUAAAGUCAGUCCUUUUUUGUAAUUGA